AGAGGAGGCCCGUGCAGAACUGAUUGCAGGUUCGCAUUCUCUGGCCAGCAUCUGACCUGCCCAGGAAGGUGUCCCUCACGUAGCUGGAGGCCCCUCAAAUGCCAUCUAUUUGUGGCCUGGACCUUGACGGCUGGCAGGAGACAUGUGACCACAGGGAUGGGGUAUUUUUGGCAGUGGGGGUGGGGCCUGUGUGGUGAGCCCAGCACCAUGCCGCUCUGGGACAGGCAGCUCGGACGCCCAGCUCCACUGCCCUGGCUGGCCACAGGGUCCCAGGACAUAGAUGGAGUGCCGGCCCCCGAGCCAAGGAGGUGGGGGGCACCCCGGGGACUGGGCAGGGUGGUGGCAGCGUAUGCUGGCCUGUGUCCGGGGCCUGGGUCCGUGAAGAUCCCACCUAGCCUCAGGCUGUGCUGCUCAAGCGCCUCUGCUGACCUGAAAUGGAAAACUUCCAGUACAGCAUCCAGCUGAGUGACCAGGACUGGGCCGAGUUUGCAGCCACGACUGAAGAGUGUGGCCUCCCGCAGGCCAGCCUGGCCUCUGCGGAUGAGCUCUUGUCCAGUGACAUUGACCAAGGGGACAGCAGUGGCCACAAUCCCCCUGGGCCUCCACCCCUCCUCGAGGGGCAGCCGGCUGCUGGGGGGAGGGGCUGGCCUGGUUUCAAGAAGGAGGACAAGGCCGCUGCCCGGCCACUGGUCAGCAGGUCUUGGCGUGAGCCUGUCUUGGCCCUGGGGGCUGAUCAGCAGAUGCCCGGCACGUCCGCACAGUCAGAAGCUUUGCCGUCCCUCGCAUCUGACGCCGCCCCUCUAGGUCACAGCUCGUCGCUCCCAGGGCCAGCGUCUUCCAGAGACGAGAUGCAGAGACUUCUGCAGGGGCCAGCCCCCCAGGACCCUGAUCCUAGUACCCCUGGUGAGUCUCCUCAGAGCCCCGAGUCUCCCGGCUGCACCACUGCUCCCCAGAGGCCCCCCGGCACUCCUGGAGCCGCGCCACGCAGCCCUGGCCGAAAGAAGAGGCACGCGGCCGGAGCCAAGGGGGGCCGGUGCUCGAAUACUCCGGGCUCUGCUCCCACCCACCUGGGCUCCCUGCUGCCUGCUGAGGCCAGGCCCAAGGAGGACCUUGGUCUGGCUGGGUCCGGGGGGAAGGGUCUCUCGGCUGGAACAGCAGAGCAGACACCAGGAACCAGGCAGAAUGGACUGAGUCCAGAGUCUGCAGGAGCGCCUGCGCAGAUGACCAAGCAAGGAACAGAUUUGGGUCUGUCUACACCAGUCCCUACGAUUGAGCAAGGUACAGACCCACUCAGAAUGACCCCCAGAGCCGAGCCACACACCACGUCCACACCUGCCCAGGAGACUCACCCAGAUAUCUCCGAAGCUAAGUCAGAUGUGGCUCCGUCUACACUCGCCUCCAAGCUUCAACCUGACAUGGCUCUGUCUACAUCUGCCCCCAAGUCUAGACUGGACAUGGACCUACCUGUGGUGGGCCCAGUGGUUAAGCCAGAGGAGGACUCAUCUACACUUGCUCUGCCUCACCUUGUUUCCAAGACCCGAUCCGAUGCAGGUGUGUCUACACCUGCUCCCCUUCCCCGGGCUGGGCCUGACUUGGUGGAGGUGGAGGCUGCCCCGAUGGCCAGGCUGUGUUUGAGCUCUGUUGUGUCUCCAGGAGGACACCAAGAGAAACCCAGAGGGGAGCCUUCAGCAGGUGCCCCUGGACAUCACUCGGGGGAGCCCCCCCCACCAGGCUCUGUUCAAGCACCCAAGAAGAAGAGAGUGCGAUUUUCCAUGGCCGUGCCCAGCCCCAAGGAGCCAGGUUUGGGAGAAACCUCAGGCCCACCCUCACCAGCCACAGCCCGGCCCGUGCCUCCCAGGACAGCAGCUGGGGGCCGAGACAGGCCUGGUGGCUGGGAUGCCGUGGCAGUCGGGCCCCGGUCCCCCCAGCCUCGGAUCCUCAAACACUUGCCUUCCCCUCCCCCCUCUGCCUCUGUGGGGUCUAGGCCCAGGAGCAGCUUUGCAGUGACCCUCCCAGAGGCCUACGAGUUCUUUUUUUGUGACACUAUUGAGGAGGAGGAUAAAGAUGCCGUGGAGGCGGCAGAAGCUGACCAGGCGCUGGCCGGAGUACAGUGGCCGGACACGUGCGAGUUCUUCUUCCAGGACCGCCGAGCCCAGAGGUCAGGGCACUGGGGGGUCCACUCCGUGGCCCACCCCCCACAAGCUGAGCCUGUGCCAGCCUGUCCGCCUGGAGACCCCGUGCCCAUCUCCAUCCCCGAGGCCUAUGAACACUUCCUUGGGGAGGACGUGUCGGGGGGCGUGCUAGAGCUGGCUGCCCUUCUCCAGCUGCAGGCCACAGAGCCCCCCGGGUCGGUCCCCUGGGGAGUGGGGUCUGGAACCUCACCAGAGCCUAGCCCAGUCACAGCAGAGCAGCUCAGCCUGGCAGUCAGGCAAGCAGGAGAGCCCCGGGAGCCUCUCACCUCGUUUACCUUCAGCCAGAACGACAUGUGCCUGGUGUUCGUAGCCUUUGCCACCUGGGCUGUGAGAACAUCGGAUCUGCACACCCCAGACGCCUGGAAAACAGUCUUGUUGGCCAAUAUUGGUACCAUCUCCGCCAUCCACUACUUCCGCCGGCACGUGGGGCAGGGGCGCCGCAGCCGCAGCCCCAGCCCCAGCUGGUAGGAUCCAGGCUUGGUCCAGGAAGACACAGGACAAAGAAGUGGCCCCAGGGGCUCAGGACGAGGUGCCGCCUCAGGUCUUGCCCUUUGAUCCCUGUGUCCUAUGGCAUCUAGGAAGGAGCCAGUGUCCUCGGUCCUGGCUCCCUUGGAUUCCACCCAAAGGUCUAGCCAGUGGCCGAGGCCAAGGCUGUGCUCCACACCUGGAAAGAGGGAGAUUCUGGAAGGCUGGGUGGGUAGGGCUGAGCAAGGAGCUGGUUAGUAAGGUGGCCAGAUUAGCAAAUAAAAACAUAGGGUGUCCGGUGAAACUUGCAUUUCAGACAUGCAGUAUCGGAGAUUGUACUAAAUUACGCGUGGCUUAUCUGAAAUCAAAUUUAACGGGGUGCCUUAGGUUUCGUUUGGUGAGCCGGGGUGAGAAGCAGGACAAAGUGUUGGAAACUAGAAGGUGUCAGUGCAGCAGCAAGGCUGCAGCUGGAAAUCCGGGCAGGGGGCAAGGGCGAGGAGACUGGGUGGCCUUCAGGUGGAGGGGGGUGUCCCAGAGACUAUCUGCCCUCUUUACAAGUGGACUGGGGUAGUGAAAACCUCUGAGGCCUCUUUGACCCCUGAACCCCAGGGGCGUGUGGCCAAGGCCUUCUGGGCUCCUGAGACCGUGAGCAGGAACCCACAGGGGCCUAUGGGAGGGUGGCCCUAGCAGGGUGAGGGUCUGUAGGGCAGAGGCUGGAGCCCCUCCUGUGGGGAACCCUGGACGAGGUACAGGGGCAGAAUAUGGUGGUGUCAGGUAAAGGGACUGAACAUUUGGGGUUGUCCCGGGGCUUUGAGGAGCCAGAGAUGGGGCAGGAACGCGGGUGGGAGGCUGGUGGUGGCAAAGCAACGGAGGCUACCAAGCUGGGUGCCGGGUCGGCGUGUGCACAGGGUCCCCAGGACAGGGGACUUCUGGCUGCUGAGUGGAAAACGCGGGGACACGCAGCACAAAUAAAAAAUCUUUAUCUUUCUUGUUUA